GUUUUUAAUUAGGACAUGUUUUACUCUCUCCUAUAGAAUUUAGGCAACCUCACAUACGAGGUUUUGAAUUUUUUUGAUGCGCGGUUUUGUACUUUAAAGCUGAUGCCAGAUAAAACUUUUCGGCUUUGCGUGACAUUUAUAACUUUCCAGCAAAGCGCAAGACGCAAAUGGUAUGCCAGAAUGAACACUUUGGCAACACCCGUUUCAUUUGUUUAAACGUCAAAAUCGCUGUGAAAUUAAUACAAAAAAUUAAAAAAUGUUUUUGGAGGAUAUUUUAGAAAUAUUAUUAGUGCUGUUAAUGCAUGAAGCUUUGAUGUGCUUGACAAAAACUCCAAGGCGGCGAUUUUGGGUCUGAAGUCUCUACCAAGACCGGGACAAGACAGGCCUGUUUGCCUCCAGUUUUGAGGAAAUGUACCAACGCGAUCCGGAACAGUUCAGAAAGAGUGUCCGGAUGACCACUUCGGUUUUUGACUUGUUGCACCAAUUUUUGGAGAAACGUCUUACAAAAAUGUCCAACAGGCCGUCAAUAUCUUCAAAGUGCAGACUUUUUUUAACGCUUACGUGACUGACUUGUAAUUCAGUUAGUAAAAUACCUAUGUAUGUAGAUAACUUAACCAUAAAUAUACAUUCAUAUGUAUUCUUUAACAUUUCAUUUAUAUGCAGAUAAUAUAUACAUAUAUAAUAAGUGAGGUGUGUGAUGCAAUUUGGGAGGAACUGGGGAGCAUCUACUUGCCGGUUCCGAAAAAACAUGAGUGGAAACGCAUUGCUGCUGACUUUAAUACUAUGUGGAACUUUCCAAAUUGUGUUGGCGCGGUAGACGGAAAGCACAUAACCAUUUCAUGCCCCCCCCAAUUCCGGCUCUAUGUAUUAUAACUAUAAAGGAAAUUACUCCAUCGUACUCUUGGCGAGUUGUGAUGCCAACUACACGUUCACGACCGUCGAUAUCGGGGCUUAUGGUUCCCAAAGUGACGGUGGAAUAUUAUGGAACUGUGACUUUGGGCAAGGGCUGUUGAGUGGUAAUUUAGAUUUACCUGUUGACGAUUACCUGCCAGGGACACUCAUCAAAUUCCCUCAUUUUAUGGUUGGAGAUGCUGCGUUUCCUCUCAAAAAUUGUAUUAUGCGGCCAUAUCCGGGAAUACGUUUGCCAAUUGAUCGUGAAGUUUUUAAUAAGCGGUUAUCCCGAGCGCGAAGAACUAUAGAAAACGCUUUUGGAAUUUUAUGCGCUCGUUGGAGGGUCAUGCUUGCACCGAUAUUUAUGCACCCACAAACAGCAGAAACAAUUGUAAAAGCGGCAGUGUUGCUACAUAAUUUUGUAAAAUUCAACGAUAGAAGUUACUGUCCCGCUGAUUAUGUGGACCAAUACCAAGGUGAAGAAGUUAUUAAUGGGCUGUGGAGAAAAGAAGUCCCAACGCCGUUGCGAAACCAUGGUCGCAUGGCUUGCAAUAAUGCAACAAGAGAGCAUUUGCGUUGCGGGAUCAAUUGAAAGACUACAUCAUGUCCAACCCAAUUUGAUUUAUUCAUUAAUAAUAACUGUGUGCAUGGCGAUUUUUGUUUAAUACUUGUGAUGUUUUUCAAGUGAAAAUUUUGUUGUACUAUUUUUAUUUAAUAUGGUUUAUGCUUUAACCAAAACCAUAGCACUAUUUCAAAGUUUAUGCAAAAUUUGAAAAAACGUAACAUAUUUUCGUUAAAACUUUGAACUUUUCAGUCUAAAUAAAAAUAAAAAAAUGUCUUGCCAUGCAGUUAUGGGCCCAUGAAAUCUUAGUAAAAUCAUUGGAAGUCUUAAACGGUUUAAAAUCGAAUUGAUUUUUAAUAAUUUUUUCUGGCUGAUGGCUUUUUACACUUUUUUCCAUAUAAACAAGAAUU